CUGGCAGUGGAUAAAAACCUCGUGAUCGAUGGUGACGGUAAGCUAGAAAAGUUCGUAAAUAAGGUAACUUUAAAAUUAGAUAAAUCGUUAUCGAGUACAGCUACCAAAAGCGGCACAAGUAUUUCAAACAACGCAGUACCAACCUUAUUUACUCCUUCUCCCAUCACUAGUAUUACCUUAUCAAAAACGACAGCAGUUAUCGAUAGUCAAAAUACACCGGUCACUGAUGAAAUUAUAGUGGCGACAGUUUCAAAAAAAAGGACCGGGUUUCGAGUUCGGGGAAACAGUAGCAGUGCUUGCAAUGAUCGGGAAGACUUGUGCAAAUUUUGGGCAUCGAUAGGUGAGUGUGAAGAAAAUCCUGGCUGGAUGAGCGUGAACUGUCGUGCCGCUUGUAAUUUAUGCAAUGGUACAGCAGUGUGUGUCGAUCGACAUCGAUUAUGCUCUUUUUGGUCUUCGAUAGGUGAAUGUGACUCGAAUGCCGCUUGGAUGUUUACGAGAUGUCCAAGAUCAUGCAAGGUUUGCACAGGUACUGUUACUUAUUUCAAAUUUGCAGAUAUUUCUCACAGAAGAACAAUUUCGAUAAACGAUGUAAGGAGUAGUAACAGACAAUUAGGAUGUGCCAGUUCUCUAAGGUCUCACGACUGUAACAUAAACCUCUGUUACCACUUGCAUUUCCGGUCUUUCGACGGAUCCUGUAAUAAUUUGGAGUUUCCACUUCGUGGAGCCGCAUUUUCACCGUACAUUAGACUGCAAUCACCACGAUACGACGACGGUAUCAAUGCAGCAAGUUCAACACUGCAUAAGACUCGACCUUCAGCAAGAGAUGCAUCGCGACUUAUGAUAUCUUCUUCUGCAGUGGUAGUAAGUGAUUCAAAUGCCCUGUUAAUGCAAUGGGGCCAGUUGCUCGCUCACGAUAUGGCGAAAACUACAAUGUUGAGUAAUCAAGACUGUGCGUCGUGCCGUAUAGAUCCUAGGUGCACGAGCAUACCUCUAUCACGUUUAGAUCCUACGUUUGGCAGGUUUCAGUGCUUACCACUUGCACGCUCUUCUCCUGUUUGCGGUACCGGCAUAGACUCCUCUAGAGAACAGUACAAUGAGAACACAGCAUAUAUUGAUGGUUCGCCGAUUUAUGGAAGUUCGGACCGUGAUCAAUUCGCUUUUAGAAACGGAGCUUUUCUAAAUACAGUCAAUGUACGUGGAAGGCUGUUUCCUCCAGUUGAUGAUCAACAAAAUAUUAUGGGUGGCGAUGAUCGAGCAAACAUUUUCGUCGGUUUGGCGGCGCUUCACGUCCUACUUGUCCGUCAGCACAACAGCAUCGCGCAAAUUUUAAAAAGUGUUAACGAGCAUUGGGAUCAAGGACGAGUAUUUCACGAGUCAAGACGCAUUGUUGGAGCUAUUAUCCAACAUAUCACAUAUAAGGAAUACUUACCAAGAAUACUCGGUAAAGAACAUGACAAGUUAAUGGGCAGAUAUGAAGGGUACAACAGCAGUAUCGACGCAACAAUUGCGAAUGAAUUUACCGGUUGCGCAUACCGAUUUGGGCAUGGCAUGAUCCAGGAAUUCUAUCCGCUUUUAAACGAGACAUUUCAACAGACGGGCGGUAUAGAAUUUAACGAGGGCAUGUUCAGAAGCGAACUUUUACUCAGGGAAGGUGUAGAUCCACUGCUCAGAGGACUCAUUUCUUUACCAGCGAAGAUGCCGCAACGUCUUACGCCAGCGGUCACUGAGCGGAUCUUUGGAAACACUGACUUAGGUUCAAUAAAUAUUCAAAGAGGCAGAGAUCACGGAAUUCCAAGCUACGUAAACUGGCGCCGCUUUUGUAACCUUCCUGAAGUGAAAAGCUUCAGCGACCUCAAUACAACCAUUUCAAACCCUAUAGUGAGGUCAAACUUGGAAACCCUUUAUAAUCAUGUUGAAAAUAUCGACAUGUAUGUUGGCGGUUUGCUAGAAGAUCCUGUUGACAAUGGUUUGAUUGGCCCAACAUUGGCCUGUGUAGUAGCUCAACAGUUUCGAAGACUAAGGGAUGGCGACAGGUUUUACUAUGAAAAUUCUGAAAUUCUUUCACCUGAACAGAUCUACGAAAUAAAAAAAAUUUCUUUGUCGAGAGUGCUUUGUGAUUCUGGCGAUGAUUUUCAUAAAGUGCCUAAAGAUGCCUUCCGAAAGAGCGGAGCUAGUGAUCUUUUACUCUGUGAAGAAAUUCCGUUACCUGAUUGGAGCACUUGGAAAGAGGAGAUUUAG